ACUUGCGCGCGCAUCUAAGUGAUUACGUAAUGCACAAUGCGUGCACAGAAAUGGAGGUAAAAAUGUAAACAAACCAAGCGGACAAGUUAUCUUUAUUUCUGCGCACGCAGGAAAAACACUGCACUAUGAUUGAGUGGUAUAUAGCUAGCCAGUUCGAGAGUUGAGACGAAAAAGGAAACCACUACCCAUCUGGGAAACGGUUUCUCAUUUGGGAAACUUCACGGUUUCCAAUUUGGGCAACUGUUACCUAAACAGGCGAGAAAUGCAGUAAUGGUUUCCCAAUCGGGAAACCACCAAAAUAGAAAGGAAUCUGCACAAGAGCUGCUUAAGAAGCGCACCACAAAUUUUUAACCAAUAGAAAGGGAAUAUUUUCCCACAAAUUUUUACAAAAGGAAGAAAAAUUAUUGUAGCCUCAUUCCGCAAUUCCGUAAAAAUGUCUUGAAAAUGGGUAACGGUUUCCCAAAAGGGAAACCCAAAUUAAAAUCAAAAAAAUUAGUUUAAGAAAUGGUUUUCCAUAUGGGAAACCAUUUCCUCCCUGUAUGACAUGGGAAUGGGAACCGUUUCCUUUUUAGUGUUAUCUCCCGACUGACAGUAAAAUAAAUUUUAAAAAAAGGUCUUUGAGUAAAAUGUAAUCUCGUCCCUAGAUUUUCUUUUUUACUUUUUACUAUAUGUGUGCUGGAGCGGCCCUAGCCCCUAUUAGAUGGGAAAAAAUAAGCCCUGGGAAAAGGUAUUUACAAUAUGCAUUCGUUUUUAGAGUGUAUAAGCAUCAAAUACUUUGUAACAUAGAUUAUCUAAAGUUUCUAUAAUCAAACACACUUUUCUGUUUCCAGGGUUUUUUCUAUUUGUUUAACAAAAAAUCUAGCAAAAUUGGAGAACGAGAAUCCAAAUCCAAAAUCUGAAUACCUACUUAGUAAAAAACCUUAAAAACAGAAAUAAAAACAGAAUUAAAGGUUAACUGAGCAAUGUUAUGUGUAUUUUGAUUCUGACUAUUGACCUGUAUUACAGUGACUUUAAAUUUGAUGAAUGGAACAAUACUUCAAUAAAAGGAACCAAAACAUAACGUAAUGGACAACAUUGUUUUUCAGGAGCUUUUUCUUGUUGUUUUAAUUUACACCACAAACCAAACCGUGCCUACAUCUAAUUCACAUUCACAAAACAGUAAAAACAACAAUUUUUUUCACAAUUUAAAUAUUUUAGUUUAGAAACUGAAUAAACAUGCAAAAAGGAUGUGUUCUUUUACAAUAACAAAUUUAAAGUUACUAACUACUGAUGAUGCAGUUUAAAAAUUCAUGAGGACUAUUCCUUCCCAAAACAACUGCCAACGUUUUAUUCAUGUUGUGCAAUCUGUAAAGUAGAUACAAAGAAAGAAAAAGUAGGUAUAGCAUAUGCUGACAGGAAGGACCUAAACCUUUCUGUUACAAAUUAUUUUUUUUUUACAAAUUAUAUAUGUUAUGUUUUGGUUGUCAGCAUGAAUGAGUAAGUUGCUUGUAAUCUAUUGUUAUAGACACAUACAAUGUUGCUAAAGAUAUGGAAAACAUUUAAUUUUUUUCAAAUUUCCAUUAUCCUUGUAUUAUUGAGUUCUUUUUUCUUAACAGACAUGGCUAAUGUAUAGGACAUUUUUAAUGCAGUUGAUUGUUUAUGUUGUAUAUAGUUUCUUGAAUUUUCAGGAAAUGGAAGAUAAAUCAUUGCCCAUCAACAAGGUGAGAACCGAAAACUUGCAGAAAGACUAUAAUGAUGAUUCUACAGAGUCUACAGUAGCAACAGUGGAAAGUAAGGAAAGAAAAACUGCUACAGACGAGAUUACUAGUGUUUUUCUUAAUGAUGUGCAUUGUGUAGAAAAGGGUAAAAAGCUUCAAGAUAUAAACGAAGUGGCACCUAACAGUACACUGCUCAAUAAAAUCAUAGACAAUCAAGAAAGAAUAAAUGCAUCAAAUCAAUCACUUACUUUUAAAUCUGGUGAUGCAUCUUCUUUUAAACCUGGAGAAAUCUUUAUGGUAACGUCAUAUAAAGAACUUAAAAAACUUCUGGAGAAUUAUUAUGUAUCAACUUCAAGUGUAUUUGUCACUGUUCAAAAAACAAAAGAAUUUGGUUGCGAAGGGUCAGCGAUAGAUUUUUCUACGAAAAGAAUUUCUUGGCAAGAUACGCAAAAGCCACACUUUUGUCGAAAUGGUUUCGAUAUCCCGUUUGAUGGGGUUCCACGUAUAAAUGUUGGGAACUUCUAUCUUAAUUGUCAAUAUGGUUCCGAUAUGUGCAUGACAGCCAAGUCAAGAAGAAGGGAAAAGAGAAGAUCAAAAUUGGAAAAAGAAAUAGAAAAUGGGAAAGAUGUAGUUAUCAAAAUGCGAAAACCAACUCCUAGUAAAAAGUGUGGCUGUCCAGCUAAAAUUAGUGUGAAGCAAAUUGCCAGGUUCCCAGAAUAUAAAGUUUCUAAGAAUACCAACCGAAGACUGCGUGAGUCCUCAGACAGAUUAAAAAAAGCACUUUUAACUCACAAGGAAAGUGUUUGCAUCGAGUCAUUUUACAUAGGAAAACUUCCUGACGCAUGCGAACAUAAAUUUCACGAGAAGUUGCAGGGUGGAAAAUUCUUCAAGGAGUCCAUCCAUCCUGAUAUUGUUGCACACAUAGAAGAGCUUUUUAUGCAGAACUAUUCUAACGAUAAGAUUAAAGCAAGCUGUCUAGAUUUUGUCCUAAAUAAACUAUUUUAUAAGCAGAAGCCUUCCGACGAAACUAGAAGAAAAUAUAAUCCUACGGGUAAAGACAUAACGAACAUUAUCGCACGAAUGCGAAGAUUGUGCCAUUGCUCAGAAGAACAGAAAAAGAGAAUUUCUGAUUUUAUUGAACAAGCCAAAGUCGAAGAUGAGUACUUAAAUGCAUGCUUUAAUGUCAAAUACCAAGAUAGUCAAGAAGUUGACGCAGAGUCAUCAGAGGACGAGUUCUUUGAACCAGAUUCCAAUGGAAAAAAAAUAAGAGAAAGAAAAAACCCAAGAAACCCGAAAGUAAAAAACAAACAUUUUUAUUCUGCUGUCAAACACAAAAACAACAGCGUCUGUUGA